UCUCCGCUGAGUGUUCCCUAUUUGAUCCCUUGGAAGCUUCUGCUAUACCUGGUUUCGAGACCCCACUUGAAGGUGGAUUUGGUGAAUUUUACAUCGUUUGUUUAUUUCAUUUGUUAUGUUCCCCGGCACCCUGUAUGCCCCAUGAAGUUCUAUUUCUUCCUUUUUUUUUCUCCCGACGUGGUAUGUUGACGGGGCUGUCGCGGUGCCUCUGUUGGUUGGUGGCGGGCAAGAGUCUCGAAACACAAACGUGCAUCGAUCGCAUGUUGGAUGCUAACUGACGUGCGACCGGCAGCGAUUUCCUCCUGUUCAUGCCCAACAAACAUGACGAGUCGCCCCUGGAGGCUGCGCUCUCGUUCUAUUCAUCCAUUGUCACUUUAAAUUCAGAGGGCGAUUCGCUGGUCAGCGACGAGACACUAGAGGGUCUAGGUACGGUCGGCUUCCUUAUUCAAGCUCUUUUUGGUUCGCUUCUCAGAAUCGCCAACCCGGACCUGGUUCUCUCCCCGCGGCGCCCCUCGCUUGUUGCAAGCACCAUACCCGAUUCGCAAUCGCCCGACUUCCCCUACAGCGAGCAGAUUUCGAGAAUCCCGACGGAGAUGGCAGCCUCGGCGGCCAAUGCCCGCUACGGCCCCGCUGUCCCCAUUACCGCUUCGCAAUCCUUAGCCGAAACAGCAGUCAAGCGACCCAUCCUACAGUACGAGGGCGCGCAGCAGUCUGGCGCCCAGGACUAUUCAGAUAUCAUAGAGGAGGAGGAGGAUGCGGCGGGCCUUACAACCAGACUGACAGAUCUGCUGCCUGAACCAGGAUACUUCCUCGCCGGUGCCGUCUCGGGUGGUGUGUCGCGGACUGCUACUGCGCCCCUAGACCGCCUCAAGGUCUAUCUCCUAGUGAACACGAGCACCAGAACUACUGUGGCUGUUGCUGCAGCUAAGAGUGGCCGCCCCUUGGCCGCUUUACGCAAUGCCGGCGGGCCUAUUAUUGACGCCAUUGUGAGCCUGUGGAAGGCGGGUGGGUUGCGCACCUUCUUUGCUGGAAACGGUCUCAAUGUCAUCAAGAUCAUGCCCGAGUCUGCCAUAAGGUUCGGCUCUUACGAGGCAUCCAAGCGCUUUCUCGCAACUUAUGAGGGCCACAACGACCCGACCCGGCUGAGCACUGUUUCCAAAUUCGUCGCCGGCGGCAUCGGCGGCAUGACGGCGCAGUUCUGCGUGUACCCCAUUGACACGCUCAAGUUCCGCCUGCAAUGCGAGACGGUCAAGGGCGGACCGCAAGGCACUGCCUUGCUCCUGCGCACAGCGAAGAACAUGUGGGCAGACGGUGGUCUCCGCGCGGCAUACCGCGGUCUCGGUGCCGGUUUGCUCGGUAUGUUCCCGUACAGCGCCAUCGAUAUCGGGACCUUUGAGCUGCUCAAGAAGUCGUACACCAGAGCGGUGGCGCGCUACUACGGCAUCCAUGAAGAGGAUGCGCAGAUCGGCAACGUUGCCACGGCGGUCCUGGGCGCGACGUCGGGCGCCCUGGGCGCGACCAUCGUCUAUCCACUCAAUGUUCUUCGCACCCGUCUGCAGACGCAAGGCACCGCUAUGCACCCGCCUACCUACACAGGCAUCGUCGACGUGGCGCAGAGGACAGUUCGCAACGAGGGAGUGCGCGGGCUGUACAAGGGCUUGACGCCUAACCUCCUCAAGGUCGCCCCCGCGCUGAGCAUCACCUGGGUGUGCUACGAGAACAUGAAGAGCUUGUUGAGUCUCAACUAGAGGGACUGCAACCUCUUUCGUCACACCGCCUUGGCUAUACAUAGAGGGAUGGAGUCACCUCGCCUGGAUCCCCUGCGGGGGUCUGGUCUCAGCCUUUAGAAUGAGGAGGCUUCUUUUUUUGGGGAGGGG